AGCUGCAGCGCCCACAGCGCGCCCCGCCGCGGGAUCGAGGCACGGCCGGCAUUGGGCUGCAGCGGCCGCCGAGCACGGCCCGGCCCGGCCCGGCCCCUCCCGGGCGGACUACAACUCCCAGAGCUCCGCGGCGCGGCCCUGCGCCGGCGGCCGAGGAAACGAAAGCGGUUGCCCCGCCAGCCGACUUCACCUUCAGGCUGCAGCAUGAACGGCAGCGUGGCGGGCGGCGGCGUUUCGGAGGAGGUGAUCAGGCUCACCCGGGGACCCUCAGGGCUGGGCUUCAACAUUGUUGGUGGGACAGAUCAGCAGGUCGAUUCUAAUGACAGCAGCAUCUAUGUCAGCCGGAUCAAAAAGGAUGGGCCAGCUUACCUCGAUGGCCGAUUACAAGAAGGAGAUAAAAUUCUGGCGAUCAAUGGCAGAGACUUGAAGAAUUUGCGACACAUGGAUGCUGUGGAACUGUUCAAAAAUGCAGGCUAUGAUGUGAUUCUGAAAAUUCAGCACAGGCCACAAAAUGGCCCAGCGGGUCAUCGAGGUGGUGGAGACUCAGGUGGGCUUCCCCUAGCAGCCAUUCUCAUACCAGGCCUGGCACUCACUGCAGCAGCAGUCUGGAUCUUGUUGAGAUAUCGACACCGGAUGUGAAGAAUUCACGUUUUGGAUAUCACUGCGUAUUUUACAGCUAUGAUGUAAUUUAAAGAUAGAGAUUAACGAUCUUAUCACAGACUGAUGUCAGAGACGAUCAUUGUGUAUCAUAAAGUUGCUGCUGGUGUUCUUUAUAUAUUGAUUUGUUGCAGAGUGAGCAGAAGCAGAAAGGAGCAGGGGAAAGGAGGUGAUUGUGUUCAUGUAUUAAGUGGGAUGGCUGUUGUGUUGGGUUUUUUUUAACUCAGAUGAGAAGUUUUUAGCCAUUUCCCUCUUUUUAGCACCAUGAACUUUUAAACAUACAACUUUUCCAUGUUUUAUGAUGUGAUUCUUUAUAAAGAGGUUGGGAGGGUGGGUGGGACAGGAUUAAAUCAAAAACUUUUGCUUGAGGCUUUGCCUUGUUCCCACUGAAUUUCCUUGGAACUAAUAGCUGAACCGUGAAUAAAGUAAUGCAGAGGCUAUCUUA